AUGCAGGUGUUUGAGCCGAUAGAAGGGUCUUCGAAGUGGGAAGUUUUUUUAUUUCCACUUUCGAUGGAAACGAGAGAAGACACAGAGAUAGAAUACAGACUUUCUUUGCACGACGACUUGGCCCCGCAGCGCCUCAGCAGCAGCAGCAGCAGCAGCAGCAGCAGCAGCAGCAGCAGCAGCAGCAGGGGGUGGGGCAGGGGCGGCAGGGGGCCCGGAAACGAGACCUGCAAGUGGAGGUCCAAGAAAGCUGCUGCUGCUGCUGCUGCUGCUGCUGCUGCUGCUGCUGCAGCAAGCACCCCCUGGAGCAGCAAAGACAAGCUGCUGGUGGAGCUGGGGGGUUUGUUUGAGCAGCAGAUGCAGCGGCGGGUCAACCGGCGCAUCGCUGCUGCUGCUGCUGCUGCUGCUGCUGCUCCCGCUGCUGCCCCUGCUGCUGCUGCUGCUGCUGCUGCUGCUGCUGCUGCUGCUUCUCAAGUCAUCAUGAGAGUCCCCAGCGAUGGACUGCCGGCGCUGCAAACUGAAAAGUUUAUUCUCAAAGCAGCAGAAGACUUUCCAAUUCCUUCCAUGCUUUCUUGGCUUUUCAAAUUCGAAAACAAAGACUACUGUUUGCUGCUCAACUCCCUCUACAGCGCUUUUGGAGACGCCAAAAAUAAUGCAACUCUUUUUUUGACUUCUUCCCAAAGAGACUUUUACAGCCUGGCGGCGCUGUUGGAUCAACAGGGACUUUUGGAGAUUCCCGAAGAAUAA